AUGAGGCGUGCCGCGUGGGCUGUUCUGGCUGCCGGCUCCAGUCUAGCAGCUGCACAGUCCAACGGUAAUUGCGUCUCUCUCAGCGGCUCCAAGGCUUGCCCCGCGUUUGCGUCUGCGUCCGUUUCCAAAAACGCGGCUUUAAUAAAGACCUACCCCUUUCUGCAAUUCGUCUCCGAUAGUGCCUCAUUCGACUAUCAGUUGACAACUUACGUGAAAACAUCUUAUGUGAAAGACAAAUAUCAAAAUGUCCUCGGCUGCAGCGGCAUCAAUUUCACAGACACGAGCGGCAUGUAUGCGCGCUACACGACGACGGUGCUGUGCAACACUCUUGUUCAGCAGUCCAGCGGCGAGUGCGGCCUCUCCAAGGAUGCAUCACGCCCAGUCUGUGCCGAUACGUGUGCCGACUUUGCCCAAAGCGAGGCCUUCAUCACGGCAGACAAGGACCUCUGCUCAACACCAGGUGCUGACCUGACCAAGCUCAUCAGAGCCGACUUCACCGUCUGCUCCCUUCCCGAAGGCUCACUGCAGGGUAAAUGCAUUUCGGGUUUCGAGAACGAGCCGGAAAACUGCGGCUUUGGCAACAGCACCGUAGGCCUCUGCUCGUACUGCAAAGCCGGAGGCAUUAACUCGACCGACACGUGCUGCUACAACGCCGAUGCCGAGAAGCGUUGCGAAGGCGUGAAGCUACCGACCAUCACGGCGACCAUGACUUUCAGCACACCGACCACUACUUCGACGCCCACCUCCACAACAUCGCCUGCUGGCGAUGGCGGCAGCAGCCAUGACAAGAGCAGUGGUCUCAGCGGUGGCGCCAUUGCUGGAAUAGUUGUGGGAUCUCUGGCCGGAGUUGCCCUUAUUGCUGUCCUCUUGCUCUUCUGCAUACGGAGACUGAGGAGGCGAGAUGGAAGCCAAUCGGGCAGUAUCUUCAACCAGCCAUCGCCGGCUAGGAAAGGACCCUCCAUGUCCCAGAUGCGACAGAGCCCACCGGAGGGAUACGAGGUGCUCCCAGGCGGGCGCGUCGCUCGCAUGUCGGCAUUGGAGGGACACUCAAGCGGCUCCCCGACACACCACAGCCGCAAUGGGACGUCGACUGCCGCUGCGGCUGCUGGUUUCAUGGCUGGACGGGGCAAGGGCGGAGAUACGCAGUCCUCGUCGGACGAGUACGGGGAGAGCCCUGAGUCUGAGCCUCGUGGCGUCCUUCGACCGCCGCCCGCGUCACGGAGACAAGGUUCCCUGUCGAGCGGAUCGCUUCUCGCAAGCGACCCUCAGUCGCCCGGCAGCGGUGGCGACUAUUCUUCGCCGCUGGGUGUUGCCAGCCAAAAUUCAGAGCAGCUGCCCUUCUUCAAGGACUACUACUCUCAGGACGAUAUCCACCCUGCCGACAAGGUGUCCGUCUUGUGGGCAUACCAGCCACGAGCCCCCGACGAGUUCGCCCUCGAACGUGGAGACAUGCUCAAGGUCGUGGGUAUCUGGGACGACGGCUGGGCCACCGGCGUCAUGCUGGACGAGCGGGCAGAUGAGUGGGAGGUUCGGCGACAGACGCAACGAGACAGCGGCGUUUCCAACACGUCAGAGCCGCGCGACAGCUCCCCGGCUGCCACACACGGCGAGAUGAAGGCGUUCCCGCUGGUCUGCGUGUGCCUACCCGAGCACUGGAGGAAGACAAUCGAGGGAGACGGAUCGACCGAUACGAACGGGAGUGGCAUUGCAAACGCCCCGCCAAAUGUCUGA